AGAUGUGGUGCUAUUGGUGGUACACAGAAGUAAUGAGGAUGGGAGGAAAGCUGCUGCUUUGAAAGAGGAAGAAAAUGGGCUGGAGGAAUUGGGGUACCUUCGCCAAACUGGGAGGGGGCUUAAAAUUGGUUAUUUCUUUCUGACCAGGCUUGAAAUUGGCAUGGUAGAUCUAAAACAAGUCUCAGCAAUGGUGAGCUGACCUCACCCAGGUUCCAAGCCCUACUCUGCCUGAUACUUUUUUCUUAAGCCUCAGAGCUAAAAUGUUCCUGAGUUCUUUCCUAUUGGCUGGGAAGACCAAUUGAAGUUCCCUUGCCCAUGUUAGGAGGUAUACGCCUCCUGAACUAAAGAUAGAAACAGCUGGCCCUUCCAGGCAGCUAAAAGCCUCCAGACUAAGAGGUGUUCCCCACUCGGCAGCCAGACUCCUUGAAAUACCCUUUCAGUAAUUCUACCAACGCCUCCAUGUCUCUACUCUGCCAUAACAAAGGCUGUGGGCAGCAUUUUGACCCCCAAACCAACCUUCCUGAUUCCUGUUACCAUCACCCUGGGGUCCCAAUCUUCCAUGAUGCACUUAAGGGUUGGUCCUGCUGCCGGAAGCGAACUGUAGAUUUCUCUGAGUUUCUAAACAUCAAGGGCUGUACUGUGGGACCACACUGUGCCGAGAAGCUCCCUGACGUCCCUCAACCUGAGGGCCCUGGUACAAGCAGUUCACUUCAGGAGCAAAAACCUCCGAAUGUGAUUCCAAAGUCAGCAGAGACUUUGCGUCGGGAGAGGCCCAAGUCAGAGUUGCUUCCAAAGUUGCUUCCGCUAAAUAUAUCCCAAGCCCUGGAAAUGGCACUGGAACAGAAGGAAUUAGACCAAGAACCUGGAGCAGGAGUUGACAGUAGCCUGAUCCGGAUUGGGGCCAGCUGCCAGAACCCAGGAUGUGAUGCUGUAUACCAAGGCCUAGAGAGUGAUGCUACUCCAUGUACCUACCACCCUGGAGCACCUCAAUUCCAUGAGGGGGUGAAAUCUUGGAGCUGUUGUGGCAUCCAGACCCUGGAUUUUGGGGCAUUCCUGGCACAGCCAGGAUGCAGAGUUGGUAGACAUGAUUGGGGGAAGCAGGUGCCAGCAUCUUGCCGUCAUGAUUGGCAUCAGACAGAUUCCUUAGUAGUGGUGACUAUAUAUGGCCAGAUUCCACUUCCUGCAUUCAACUGGGUGAAGGCCAGUCAAACUGAGCUUCAUGUCCACAUUGUCUUUGAUGGUAACCGUGUGUUCCAAGCACAGAUGAAGCUCUGGGGGGUCAUAGACGUGGAGCAGAGCUCUGUCUCCUUGAUGCCAUCUCGGGUUGAAAUUUCCCUGGUCAAGGCUGACCCAGGAUCCUGGGCCCAGCUGGAGCACCCCGAUGCACUGGCUGAGAAGGCUAAGGCUAAGGUUGGGUUAGAGAUGGAUGAGGAAGAGUCUGAGGAUUCAGAUGAUGACUUGAGCUGGACAGAGGAGGAGGAAGAGGAGGAAGCAAUGGGGGAAUAGUGAUACCAGACAGUCAAGUCUAGAUAGGAUCUCAGUGACUCCCUUAGAAUUUCAGAGACCAGGAUAUGGUUGGCCAUGGAGUGUCACUGAGCAACAGGAGGCAGGAGGGGAGAACAAAAGUGUCCAAACCAUGCUGUUUUUUCCCUUAAAUAAAUCUUGUAUUCUGCAGUUUCACAUAGUGUUGUUCUCUCACCUCACUAUCUAAGAUUGCAUUCAUUCCCUCCAGCUUCUGUGUGUGUGUGUAGCACACAUGUGUGAAUACAAGCACAUGCAAUCAAUUCUUCACAACCACCAAGUAUUUACUGAGUACUUACUACGUGCCCAGUUACAUGUUAGGUGGUUUAGAGGUAUCUGAGAAGCAGUAGACUUAUUCAUUCCUCUUAGGAAAAUUGUAGUGUGGUUGACAAGUCAAGGCUAAUCUACAUGAGAUAAUAAAAAAUAUUAUCAAGUAGUUUAACUGAGUGCUAAAUUGUGCAGUACAAUUUUAAAAGCUAUAGGAGUUGAGAGAAUGGAGUGAUUAAUGUGGACUGUAGCAGAAAGGGAAAACACCAUGGAACAAGUACAUUUUUUACAGCUUUAAUUAAAUAUGGUACACAUCCUAUACAAUUUACCCAAGUGUAAGUGUAAAAUUCAGGUUUUGUUUUUUUUUUAGUAUACUCAGAGUUGUGCAGCCACAAUCAAUUUUAUUUUUAUUUUUUGGCCACACUGCAGCAUGUGGGAUCUUACUUAGUUCCCCAACCAGAGAUCGAACCCAUGCCCCUGCAGUAGAGCGCAGAGUGUUGUUAACCACUGGACCACCAGGGUAGUCCCAACUACAAUCAAUUUUAAGUUUUUGCCAUUCCCCAAAGAAACCCUAUACCCAUUAGCAGUCACUCCCAAUUUCCCCCCAUACUGAUACAACCACUGAUCUACUUUCUGCCUCUAUGCAUUUACCUAUUCUGGAUAUUUCAUACAAUAUGUGGUUUUUUGUGACAGACUUCUUUCACUUAGGAUGUUUUCAAGGUUCAUCCAUGUUCAUCCAACAUGAUGCUCAUCCGACAUCAGUACUUUGUUCCUUUUAAUGACCAAAUGAUAUUUCACUGUGUGGAUAUAACACUUGUUUAUCUCUUCAUCACUUGAGGUAUAUUUGGGUUAUUUGUACUUUUUGGCUAUUAUGAGUAAUGCUUCUGUAACAAUGCUCCUGUGAGCAUUCAAGUUUUUAUGUGGACCUAUGUUUUCAUUUCUCUUAGAUAUAUACCAAGUAUAAUUGGAGUGUAAUUUCUGGGUAAAAUGAUAACUUUUAACCUUUUGAGGAAUUGCCAGACUGUUUUCCAAAGAGGCUGCACCAUUUUACAUUCCCAUCAGCUGUGUAUGAGGGUUCCAGUUCUCUAUAUCCUAGAUAUCAUUUGUUACUUGUCUUUUAUUUAAAUUACAGCCAUCCUAGUGGGUGUGAAGUGGAAUCUCAUUGUGGUUUUAAUUUGCUUUUUCCUGAUGGCUAAUGAUGCUGAGCAUCUUUACAUGUGUUUGUUGACCAUUUUUGUAUCUUAUUUGGAGAAAUGUCUAAACCAAACCUUAGCCCAUUUGUUAAUAGGGUUGUUUGUCUUUUUAGUGAGGUUUUUAAAAAAUAUGUUCUAGAGAUAAAUCUCUUGUCAGAAACAUUUAUAAAUAUUUUCUCCAUUCCCUGUGUUGUCUUUCUACUUCCUUGGGGUCUUUUGAUACAUAAAAGUUGUAAAUUCUUUGGAAUUCUAAUUUAUCUAUCUUUCCUUUGGUUGCUUAUGCUUUUGAUGUCAUAUCCUAGAAACCAUUGCCUAAUAUAUGAAAAUUCAUUCCUAUGUUUUCUAAGAGUUUUAUAGUUUCAGCUCUUUCAUUUUGAUCUUUGAUCCAUCUUUUUAAAAAUACUUAUUUAUUUGGCUGCACUUGGGAUCUUCAUUGUGUUAUGUGGGAUCUUCCAUUGUAGUGCACAGACUCUGGUUAUGGCGCGUGGGCUCCAGAGCACAGAGACUUCAGUAGUUGUGGCACAUGUACUUAGUUGUUCCACGCCGUGUGGGAUCUUAGUUCCCCCACUAGGGAUCAAACCUGCGUCCCCUGCAUUGCCAGGUGAAUUCUUAAAAAUUUUCAUAUGUGGUAUGAGGUAGGGGUCCAACUUUAUAUUUUUGCCUAUAGCUAUCCAGUUGUCCCAACAUUGUUUGUGGGAAAGACUAUUCUGUCCCCACUGCAUUGUCCUGGCACCCUGGUUGAAAAUCAAUCAACCAUAAAUGUGAGGGUUAAGAAAUAUAUUUUGAGUGGAGAUUUGGAGAAUAAGAAAUUUGGAUAGCGAUGGAAGAGUAGGGAGAGCCAGGCUUGGGUAAGAAGGUGUUCUAUUUUACUUUUUAUGUUUAUUAUAAAUUCCAAAGGGCUUCCCUGGUGGCUCAGAGGGUAAAGCAAUACAGUGUCAUUGUAAAAGACAAUGCAAAAAUGUGUAGAGUAAGAAGUAAGAACUCCUCUUUGGAUUCUCUCCAAACUUAGUCCUUUUGCUGUUUGUAACCACUGCUAACAUAUCAGAGGAUUUUUUUUUUUUUUUUGGCCACUUGGCAUGCAGGAUCUUAGUUCCUUGACCAGGGAUCCAACCUGUACCCCCUGGAGUGAAACCAUGGUGCCCUAACCACUGGACCACCAGGUAAUUCCCUCAGAAGGUUUAAAUGAGGGAACAAAAGAGUCAAGUGAAGUGUGGCUAGAUUGGGAAGAGCCUAAAAUUCUAGAUCAAGGAUUUUGAAUAUGAUUUUAAAAGAGAGUUAAAAAGGCAUUAUAGGCAUUUUCUUUUUAAAAAAUUGUGUUCUAUUUAUUUGGUUACACUGGGUCCUUGUUGCUGCAUGCAGGAUUUCUCUAGUUGCAGCGAGCAGGGGCUACUCUUGGUUGCAGUGCACCAACUUCUUGGUGUGGUGGCUUCUCUUGUGGAGCACAGGCCCUAGGUGCACAUGGGCUCAGUUGUGGUGCAGUUUUAGUUGCCCUGUAGCAUGGGACCAGGGAUCAAACCUGUGUCCCCUGCAUUGGCAGGUAGAUUUUUAUCCACUGUACCACCAGGGAAGUUCAGCCUUUUCUUUUUAAAUGUAGUUUUGGUUUGUUUGUUUUGUUUUUUUUUUUGGGGGGGGGGGCACCUCACAGCUUGUGGGAUCUUAGUUUCCUGACCAGGGAUUGAACCCAGAACCAUGGCAGUGAAAGCACUAACCACUGGACCAUCAGGGAAUUCCCUUAAAUGUAGAUCUUAAUUAGAGGAGUGAUAUCUCUUUUUUGGAGUCUCUCUUCAAUCAGAUUUACUCCCUCAACAGCGUGGCCAAGAAUCUGGGAUUUCAGAUUCUUAGAAACAUCAAACUAGGAAGCUUACCAAACCUCAGGUGAUCUCAAGUAUUUUUCAUAGCACCCUUUUAUCUCAGUUCAGAUUCAAGGAACAUAAGGUUUCAUUAGUAGGUAGGAGUAAGAUGGGGGUGGGAGAAUGGAUAUGGGCAGCAAAGGUGAGGGAUUGCAGCAUAGCGUGGCUGAGGAUUUGGAAACUGAGGCAAGAUUAGGGGAUGUUAGAGAAUGCAUCAGGAAAGUUUCCUCUACCUUUCCUCUACCUUGCAGGAAAGUUUAAACAGAAAUAAAGGGGAUUCCUAGACCUCCAGGAUAUUCAAUAAUUCUGGCUUAGCUCUCUGCUCUCAUUCAAGUGCAAAUAAAGUUUUCCCCUUGAACUGAACCCUUCAGAUCCUUUCUAACUAGGUGGCGUGCGGGAACUUAGUUAUCCAACCAGGGGUCAAACCUGUGCCCCUCGCUGUGGAAGCUUGGAGUCUUAACCACUCAACCACCAGGGAAGUCUAGAAGUUUACUAGACUAAAAA